AUGGAUCCACCAAAAAUCCUCGUCCUUGGAAGUGUGAGUGGACAGCUCAAAGCUGCCUUUGGCAAGGUGGCUGCUCUACAGGCGAAAAACAACUUCGCUCUACUCCUCAUCACCGGGAACCUAUUCAGCGAAUCCGGCGACGAUGAUGUGGUAACGGCGCUUCUCAACGGAGAAAUCACUGUCCCCUUACCUACAUACUUUACCGUCGCGACAAAUGCCCUCCCAUCACGAAUAUGCGAAAAGGUCGCGGCGGACGAAGAAAUUUGCGAGAACCUUCAUUUUCUAGGAAAGCGCAGUGUAACCAAUACAUCUGAGGGUAUUCGCAUCGUUACCCUCGGUGGUAUCCUAGACGAGACGAUUGUCGCGGGGCUCUCGACCGAGCAAUACCUACCCCUCCACACAUCGCAGGAUGCGACUAGCCUAAAGGGCGCGCAGUCCGCGGAUAUCCUUUUGACCACUAUGUGGCCCAAUGAUGUUACGAAAGGUUCAAAGGUCCCACUGGCAUCUGGCUACACGCCUGGGCGAGGCUCGGACGAGAUUGCUGCGCUUUGCGCAGCUCUCAAGCCGAGGUAUCAUUUCACGACUUCACCAGACGCAUUCUUCUGGGAGAGAGAGCCCUUCAUGCAUGAACCGCAAGACGAGUCUGGGAAAUCCGGAAAACCAAAGUUCACGCGAUUCAUAAGCAUGGCGCCUUUUGGCAACGAUAAGAAGGCGAAAGCGCUUUACGCGUUCUCGCUGCCCAAGGUCGACACAGUGGUCGAGAUUCCUCCGGGCACGACAGCUUCACCUUUUGCUCAUCAUAUCCGAGCUUCAAGGAAGCGCCCGCAUGAGAGCACAUACAGCCGGUUUCAACAUGAUGAGAGGGAGCAUGGAUACAGCAAACACAGACGGCGGCGAUCGCCGCCUCCCGGACCAGACAAAUGCUUCUUCUGUCUAUCCAACCCAAAUCUUUCAUCCCAUAUGUGUUGCGCGAUCGGUGACGAGAGCUACCUCGCGACGGCGAAGGGACCGCUGCCGGCUCCGGAUACGUUUGCCAAAGAGGGUCUUGACUUUCCCGGCCAUUUCAUCAUCAUCCCGCUUUCACAUGCGCCAACGACCAUUUCUAUGGGCGACGUGUUGGAUCCAGAGAGCACCUCCGUUAAGACAUAUAAGGAGAUGACACGGUUCCAGGAGUCGCUCCAGGCAAUGUUGGCAAAGGCUUCUAACUUCAAACUUGGGGCGGUGACAUGGGAGAUAUCUAGGAGCCGUAGUAUCCAUCUACAUUGGCAGCUCCUCGCCACACCAGCGGAUCUGAUCCGGAAGGGCCUAGUCGAAGCGGCCUUCAAAGUUGAAGCAGAGAAUCAAUCAUAUCCACAUUUCCAAACCACUGACCUAACCCUAGAGAAGCAAGUUGAGUUUGGAGACUACUUCCGGGUCUGGAUAUGGGCGGAUGACGGCGACUCAAAAAUUAAGGGUAAGAGUCUCGUCAUGCCGCUCGAUCCAGAAUUCCGUUUUGAUGUGCAAUUCGGCCGACGGGUAAUGGGUAAACUGCUCGGCCUUGAAAGUCGGCUCGUCUGGCAGAACUGCGUCCAGGAUGAAGAGGAGGAGACAAAUGAUGUGGCGGCAUUUAGGGCGGCCUUUAAGGAGUGGGAUUUCACAUGA